AUGCAGGCAGAUGAAUGCAUACUGUUCUUUGCCAUUCUGGCCCCUCCUACAUUCUCCCCUGCAUCUGCAAGCCAACCGCCUGAGCCCGCCAUACACCUUAUCAAGAUGAGCAAUCUGUCACCCAUGCCACUGACCGAUCAGAUAGCAGGAGUCUUGGAGCUCAUGUUCUGCCGAAAGCUCCAUCUGGCCACUCAUGCAGCCCAUUCUGCGCCAUCUAUAGAAGUGCCUCCGUCCAUGCCAUCCGCCCUCCUAUUGGAGUGCAAUGGCAUUGCAGAUGCUCUUGUGAAGGCCAUCCGUAAUCCUGUAAGGCUGCAGUGGGACAUUGAUAGAUAUUGCGACAGCCUUUCGAUUCAGCCCACGGGGCAGAAUGAAGUCCUCGAGGCAGAACUGGAACGGAAGUGGCCUCCUCCAUUUGGUGAGAGCGAAAUAUGCAUAGACCAGCCCGCCACCCUCGUGGACAUGCACGAACGCAUCUUGGCUUGGAUACUUCCAAGAGUGUUGAUACCAGACCGCCAGACGAAGAUGCUCCAAGCGACCAGGGCCCUACACCCAGCAAUAGCAGCCAGUAAGCCUUCCAGCACCACCGCCAGUUGGCGACACAACCCGUUGUACUUCUUGCCUCCUGAGGAGUGUGCCCAAUUCCCAGCGGGCUCCUUGUGUCUCUCGCCAGGUUGGUUCCAACAACCUUUGCAGCAUAUGGAGUCUGGGAGGCUGGAGACCUCCGCCAGCCUGAAGCUUGAGGGCGGAAGAAGUUGGCUGCGUGAUAUUCAUGACUCCUCCGCAUUGCUGGGCGCCAUCCUGGCCGUCGUUCACCCAACACUAUAUGCUGCAGGACGCCAGUGCUUGGGUUUGAUCCAGCAAGACCCAGAAUUGCGAGAGAUGGCGCUGAACUGGUCGUCACCAUUCAAUGCACUCCAGGUGAUCGCCAACCGAGAAACUCCUUUCCACCGAGAUAGCAAGACAAGAUACACAUUCUACGACCUGUUGGCAACGUUGGGCAACUACACUUGCGCGUGGUUGAAGUUCCCCGCCAUGCGUGUCGCCAUCGAUUAUAGUCCUGGAACUGUCAUAGCCUUCUGUGGAAAGGCGAUUCGUCAUGGCGUCACUCGAGCAGAUGGCGAAAGGCUCGUCUAUGCAUACUUCAUGCGAGAGGGUGUCCAGAACAGGCUAGGCAUUCCAGUGCCCCACUGGAUGCAAGCUUCAUAUUACGCCUCACACAUUGGCAUGUGCACAAGGGACAUCAUGCCAAAGACUGAUGGAGACGAGAACACUAUGCAGGGGAUGGAGACUGUCGAUGGCAGCUUCAUUGGCGGGACAAAGUUGGCGGAGGUGAUGGCGAAAUCUCAAGGUGUAGUUAUCACUGAUGGCAGCGUAUGGUUGGCGGACCUCAAAGUUGGCGGAGAUGGUGGCAAAAUGUGUUCGGUCGAGAAGUUAUGCAACAAAAGCAGGCUCGUUGUAGACCUGGAUGACGAGGUUGAGUUUGUGACCAAGGUAGCUAAGCAGACCACUAGGGGAGUACGCUAUGUGGACGUACCUUUGCCCAUGCCCACGGGUUCAAACGUGCCAUCGCCUUCCAAAAGUCCAUCGAAGGCUCCAGAUUCAGGCUCCUUGUUUAACUUGGAUGAUGGCGACGUCCUGGGCAACAUAGGUGUGCCGAUUCAGCUGGAUCCGGCGGCUCGGAAGACAAAGACCCAGAAUGACUUCAUGAGGGACUGGAUACCCCACCGUGAUGACUAUCUUCAUGCCAUUGUCGAGAUGGAAGCCCCGCCUGAGCCCAGAAACUGUGCGGAAUGCAAGGUUGACGAGGGACGGUGGCGAUGCCUGGACUGUAUGGGCAGACCGCUUACCUGUACCGACUGCUGUCGUAACGGCCAUCAGCGUGCUCCUUUCCAUCGGAUAGAGCAUUGGCAGGGUCAGUAUUUUGAGCCGGCAUCACUGUAUCGGGUUGGCGUCUGCAUCCAUUUGGGGCAUGGCGGAGAUCCCUGCCCUCUGGGCGCCUUCACAGCACAUAACAACCCUGCGCCGGUGGUGGCCCCGGGGUCCAAUUUCUGGAAUGCCUCCAAUGAAGACCUAAAUGCACAUGAUGGCGAGGUCCCAUUCAACUUUGCACCUCUGGCAGGCACCCUUGAUGGUGAAGCAAGGCAAACCGACGAUGCUCCCGAUCCUACUUGGGAGGAAGAUGUGCCACCGGUGCUCUUCCGGCCACCUCGCCGUGAUAGUUACGGGAAUCGGAUCAUAGUCAUUGUUGACAUCUCUGGCAUUCACCAUAUCGGCGUUGACUGGUGCCAGUGUGAGAUGGCAGUGGAGCGUGACAUGCAGCUUCUUCAAAUGGGACUUUACCCUGGUACCGUCAAGGAUCCCCAUAUCGCCUUCACAUUCGCCGUCCUUGACGAUUUCCUUCUGGAGAACAAAGAGUGCAAGACGGCGGCAUUGAACUACUACAGCAAGCUCAAACGGGUCACGAGCAAUGCCUUCCCUGGCACUGUUCCCGACCGUUAUUGUGAGCUGAUGCGGGUGUCCCGCCAAUGGCGCCAAUUCAAAUAUUGCAAGUGGCACGGCUUCUCACACGAUGCCCUCCAUCCUGUGGAGAAGGGUGGCCUCGCCAUCUUUUGUCCCGCCUGUUCCCAGCCUGGGCUCAACCUGCCUUUCGAUUGGCAAGCGGAUCCAGUGCAGUGGAAGUUCAAACGCGGCUUUGUCAUGGAUGGCAAUUUCAGUGCAGAGCACAUGAAGAUGAAGCACCCCGAGGAGGACGUCGCCCUCAGUGACGGCCAGGCAUUCAUGGUCGGCCAAGAGGAUUACAAGGCUCAUCUGGUGGUGGCCAUGGAGUCCCAUCAGCGCUCCACUUGUCAUGAGCACCGCGCUGUCAAUCAGGCCAAUGUGGAUCGCGCCAACCUCGACGCCACAGGAAUCGGGGCCACUGCUUGCGCCAGACAUGGUUUCUUCGUCCCUCAUACUGUCAUCGAUUUCCAGAAGGGAGAAAGACAAAUGAAUAUGGAUUACUCUCUCAGCAAUGCGCUCCUGACCCUCACCGGUAUCACCCUCAUCCUCGUCAUGUACGACAUCAUGUGCCAGUAUGGCGUCCAUGUCCGCAAACGUUUCCGCCACAGCGCCUAUCUGAGGAUGCCCUUCGAGCUCAAGGUAGACCAAGGCAUCGGCUUGUUUCAUGUGCACGGACACCAAGAUUGCUGCUUCCAACGGUUCUCGCCCAACUUUAUAGUUGGCGCUGGUAUGGUCGAUGGCGAGGUCAUCGAGACCCUGUGGGCGCCGACAAAUGAGGUCUCAGGCAGUACCAGGGGCAUGACCCGAGCUCACCGCCAAGAAGUCCUUGACGAUCACAUGAAUGACUCCAACUGGAAGAAGACGACUCGCAUGGUGCCAACCUUGAUGACAAAGUGGAAACGUGUGCUCCUGGGCUUCCCACGAAGCAAGGAGUCCUUUGAAGCUUUAUCUGCAUCCACAGAUGAGGAUGUCCUUGAGGCAUGGCAGAAGGAGUACGACGACGCUAUGGAGGCUCGCCAAAAUGAUCCGAAGAUCAUGGACACCUUCGAUGUCCAGCUCAUGAAGGCCCCGGGUAAAGACCUCACCCAACUCAGACUGGCGGGCGAGGAGUCCGCCAAGGGCUUGGAGAAGGGCACCGCCGGAUGGUUGUCGACUGGCCUCAAAAUUCAAGAAGCACAGCUUAAGCUUGCGAAUGAUAUCCGCAAGGCGGGUCAAAAUCCGAGCGUGGCGGAGGACCUCAAGACUCUCGAGCGCCGUCAGCGCCUCGAAGUCAGCAUUCUCACAUUCCAAUGUCGCUCUGAGAAGUUCAUGGGAAGGUUGGAGGAUGUUCCCGCCAUGGAAGAUCGUGAUGAUGGUGCGCUCUGGGAUUCCUUGGAUGAGAAUCCUUUUCAAAUACACCCGGAGGACGCUGAGUAUGGCGAGGAUGCGAUUCCUCCCGAGCGAGCUUCCUUGAAUUUACCUUCGCAGAUCGGAUUCGUGGCCGCCGUCGCCAACGGGCUCCAGACCCUGGCGGCCCAAGAGUUGGAGUUGCGCAAAGGCCUGAUGAAUGACAUCCUCCACGAGCUUUGCAUGGCGCUUGGACUGAAGUCUUACCUCUACCACAAGAGGGUUCGUCCUGCCAACAGCGUCGGAACCAUGACCCGUGCACAGGCGGAGGUUUAUGCUGCCGAUCAGACCGUCUUGGCCUGCGCCAGGCUCUAUUCUGCCAACCGACGCGCCAUUAUGUGCUUGGGCGCCACCGAUGAAGACUUGGCCCUCUAUCGCCCUUUGGAUAAGAAGGACCUGCACGUGAAGACUGCCGUCAUUGAGGCUAGCACCUCCGGGCUCAGGAACGUCAACCUGGCUUGGUUCUGGACCAUGGAUGUCGCUGGAGAUCGAGGUUCAUCAGAAUGGAUGGACGAGUUCUAUAGAGUGAAUUGGCUGCAUGCCAGAGCUCGAUAUGAGAGAUGGAGGGAGGAGCGUGUCUUGGUCCACUCGGAAAUGGCCUGGACCAUAGCCACCUUUAAGCGGAAUGCGGAACGAUGGGCUCACUGGCUCGAGAUGACGGAUCCUUCCUGGCGGGGUCAUGUUUGCUAUGCCGCCAGGCAAUCUUCAACAUCAGAUGCGCACCCCUGCCUGUUCUCCAGAGGGAGGUUGCAGUUGGAAGUCUACACUUGGAGGAUCCAAGAAGCUGUUCUGGCACUGGAGCCUGACCCAGAUCACUUCACCAAGGUCCGUUGGGAGGAAGGCUUGCGCCGGGAGAUGUUCACCAUCAGGGGUAUCUGUGGCGACCUCGCGUUGGCGGGUCAUGCUGACCAUAUUGACCAUGGCGGAGUUAUCGCCAGUGUCCUCACUGUCUGCACUUUCAAUCGCGAAGUUCUGCGCCCCAUCAGCAUUGAUGUCAAGGCGAUUCCACGCCCCACCGCCCUCGUUCCUCGUCCUAAGAACCUACUCGAGGAUUCACCCGACUACUGGUGGAAAUGGGAUCGUCAGGUUGGGCCGGCGGGGAGCCCUAUGGAGGCCUGGUGGUACAAACUUGGUGAUCUCUGGGAGAAGGUGUACACCGUCUCCGAGUCUACACUGGUGCAGCUUGAACAGCUGCAUAUUCGUGUCGCGAACCUCACUAGUUGGUUGCAUGAGAGGACAGAUCAGAACCUGGAUGUGGUGCUGGAAGAGCUGCAGGAGGCGACACGGCAGCUGCGUGAGUUAGGAAUGUAA